AUAAAAAAGCAUAUAUAAAAAAAAUCUCAGUGAUGGAUAAUGAUGAUCGCAAAAGGACACAGCCGAAAUCCAAAUCCAAAGUCACUGUGAUUUCAACUUCACAAUCAUUUGUUUAUUCUCUCUGCUCUGCAGCAUAAUAAUAGAGAAUGAAGCCGUGAUUCAUAAGGAAAGUGUUCACAACCACCACAAUGCGGUGGUUUCAGUUGAGUUCAAGCUCCGAUAGGGACCGGAACACUGAAAAUAUGUCUCGUGCUAUGGUUUAUCUCAAUGUAUAUGAUCUUACUCCUAUCAAUAAUUAUCUUUACCUCUUUGGCUUUGGAAUCUUCCAUUCUGGUAUCGAAGUGCAUGGUAAGGAAUAUGGCUUUGGAGCACAUGAAUACCCGACUAGUGGUGUGUUUGAGGUAGAACCUAGAAAUUGUCCUGGCUUCAUCUUCAGACGAUCUGUAUUGUUAGGAAGCACUGAUAUGUCUCUCUCAGAAUUCCGUUCUUUUAUGGAGCGUCUCUCUGCAAAAUAUCAUGGAGAUACUUACCAUCUGAUUGCCAAAAAUUGCAACCAUUUUACGGAUGAUGUUUGCCAACAACUAACAGGAAGUCCUAUUCCUGGAUGGGUUAAUCGACUUGCUCGUUUAGGUUCUUUUUGCAAUUGUCUACUUCCAGAAAGCAUCCAGGUUGCUGCAGUUAGACAUGUCCCUGAACGUCUUUCAUUUGCUGAUGAUGAUGAUGAUAGAUCAGAUUCUGAUGGCUUUUCUCUGUCUGACGAGAGUGAAGAGGAGGAGCCCAAUCACCGUCUACUAAAUGCACCAAACGGCGAUGUUGCCUUUUUAAAGGAAAAACCAGUUAGGCUAGCGCGGGAGCACCUAUAACUUCUAUUGGUUUAUCUUCUGUCUCUUGUUCUUUCUAUUGUUCUCGUUGCUUCUACCAUAUCUACAAUCUUAGAUUUGAGUGUAACAUGUUUCUCGACUAUAUUCUUAAAGACUCAAAAUGCAUGCUCUAUAGUUUGUAGUACAAAGAGGACGAUCUAUUGUAUCAUAUGUAUAUGCCCUGUACAUGUAAAAUUCAAAUUAAACUGUCCAGGUAUAAUGUUAUAAUAAUUAUUAAUCUUAUUAAUCAACUCUUGCUACUACCAA